AGAUUUGCCCCGCUGCAGGUUACUGGAAAGCAGCUUGUGGCAUCAUAGGCCGUCACAAGAUGCCUUAUUUUACAAGACUCCUUGUGUUCUUGUUUUGCCUGAUGGUUCUUGUGGAGAGCCGAAAGCCCAAGAGGAGAUGGACAGGGCAGCUGCAGAUGCCCAAGCCAAGUCACCUAUAUAAGAAGAACCUCGACAUGACCAAAAUCCGGAAAGGAAAACCUCAGCCGCUCCUCAGAGUGGAGGACCAUGAUUUCACCAUGAGGCCCGCCUUUGGAGGCCCUGCCAUUCCAGUGGGGGUGGACGUGCAGGUGGAGAGCCUGGACAGCAUCUCGGAAGUGGACAUGGACUUCACCAUGACCCUGUACCUGCGGCACUACUGGAAGGACGAGAGGCUGUCCUUCUCCAGCACCAGCAACAAGAGCAUGACCUUUGACGGCCGGCUGGUGAAGAAGAUCUGGGUCCCUGACGUCUUCUUCGUUCACUCCAAAAGGUCAUUCACCCACGACACCACCACUGACAACAUCAUGCUGAGGGUGUUCCCAGAUGGGCACGUGCUGUACAGCAUGAGGAUUACGGUCACCGCCAUGUGCAACAUGGACUUCAGCCAUUUUCCCCUGGACUCCCAGACCUGUUCUUUGGAGCUGGAAAGCUAUGCAUAUACAGAUGAGGAUCUGAUGCUGUACUGGAAGAAUGGGGAUGAAUCCCUGAAAACAGAUGAGAAGAUCUCCCUGUCUCAGUUUCUGAUUCAGAAAUUUCACACCACUUCCAGACUGGCUUUCUACAGCAGCACAGGCUGGUACAACCGUCUGUACAUUAACUUCACGCUGCGUCGCCACAUCUUCUUCUUCUUGCUCCAAACCUAUUUCCCUGCCACCCUGAUGGUCAUGCUGUCCUGGGUGUCCUUCUGGAUCGAUCGCAGAGCUGUGCCUGCCAGAGUUUCACUGGGUAUCACCACGGUGCUGACCAUGUCCACCAUCAUCACGGGCGUGAACGCCUCCAUGCCCCGCGUCUCCUACAUCAAGGCCGUGGACAUCUACCUCUGGGUCAGCUUCGUGUUUGUGUUCCUCUCGGUGCUGGAGUACGCAGCUGUCAACUAUCUGACCACGGUGCAGGAGCGGAAGGAACGGAAGCUGCGGGAGAAGUUUCCGUGCAUGUGUGGAAUGCUUCACUCAAGAACCAUGAUGUUGGAUGGAAGCUACAGUGAGUCUGAGGCCAAUAGCCUGGCCGGGUACCCAAGAAGCCAUAUUCCGACGGAAGAAGAACAGCAAGACAAAAUAGUGGUCCACCUGGCCCUGAGCAAUGAAGCUAACUCCUCUAGGAAGAAGGGGCUUCUAAAGGGCCAGAUGGGUCUUUGCAUCUUCCAGAACACCCACGCCAUUGACAAAUACUCCAGGUUGAUAUUCCCUGCCUCCUAUAUAUUUUUCAACCUAAUUUAUUGGUCAGUGUUUUCCUAGGGGCUCCGGGCUGUGCCUGGGAAGGGGCCUAGAUAUCCAUGGGGCCUAGCCAGCUGUCUACACAUACACCUGCUGACCGCGCUCCCCUCACCAAUCAGAGCAGCAGUGCUUGGACCCCCGAAAGCAGUGCCCCCUCCUGGAGGAACCCAGGAGCCCUCCAGUUGCCCUUCCCCCAAUCCAAUGGGCUGGCCCUUCAUUCAUGCUGUGCUAUAUCCCACUUCAUGCCUCUCUGGGGCUGUCUUCUUCUUCUGUUCUUGUGUUUGAACUGGUUUGCAAGAUUCCACCCACCUCAUCCCCUGAGUACAAAAAGACUCAAAUAGCCCCUAGAUGUUCUGAGGCCCAUAUGAAGCCUAGGGUGCAGUUGUGAAGGAGAUGGGAAAAUAAAGGGCAUUCUGUAUAGAAGACGGGAAAUUAGGAUUUAAAAUCGGAAUAAACAUCUGUAAACCCACACAACUGGAUUAAACGCCUAUCUAAUAAGGAAAAAAGCUCAGAUGCCAGACAGGAAAUGAUUUGACCUGUGUGAGUCUGGCAACUUGCAUGGUUUUGCAAUAUUAGAGGACAUUAUUCAUUCACCCAUCCAUUUAACCAUUCAUUAACUAUUGAGUAUCUACCCUGUGCCAAGUGCUGUGAAAAUAAACAAAUAGAAGUCUCUUUUCUCAGAGACUUCCGCUAAGCCUGUGCCCAUUCUACAUGUGGCAGAAAGUACUUCUGCUCUUUUCCUGCCCUCAAUCCCCACUUACUCCACAGACCAGUCUAUCUGCUGAUUCCUUUUUACUCCUAGGUCUGUCUAGAAAAGCAUUUCCGGUCUCCUAUGAGGCCCUCAUGCAGCCAACUCAAUGCUUUUCUCUUGUAUUCUCCAGGCAGGACGAGCCUAGUGCUGGGCAAAGGGACAGGGACUGGAGAAUCAGUGACAGCAGAACUUGGUCUGGGGCAGAAGGACGCAUGGGUCUGCUGUGGAAAUUGGCAUCACAUGCUGUCCUACCUCCCUCUCUGGGCUUCUACCCUAGCAGGCAGGUGUCCUCAACCAUUCCUGUGUCCAAGCCGUGGGCCCUUGCCAGGGGCCCCACUUAUGCCAACGAGAAGUACCCCUCACCUUCGAAUGAUUUCUCCCUUGGCUUCCACAAGCUAGUGACUCUUUACUCUAAUGCAGCUAAGCUCAGAUUAGGAAAGCAAUCCGAUUUA